UAUAAAUUAUAAUUACAAGGAUAUGGAACUAAUUUUAGGAUAUUUGUUCUCGUCCAAAAGCACACAAGAUUAUUACCUAAUCAAAAUCCAAUAUGAUUUGGAUCACAAAUUAUUUCCUUCUAUAAUUCCCCUCACAGAGAAGACAUUUACAAACAAAGAAAUAACAAUUCAAGUAAUUUCCAUAACAUCAAAUCCAAAAAAAAAAAAAAAGAAAAGAAAAAAAAUCCUAUUUAAUGAGGAUUUCGUUUUUAGUUUUGUAUUUUUUAAAUUUAUACUUAUUUCCUUUUAUAUUGGAAUUUCACCUUAGAAAAUAAAAAUACUUGAUUUUCUUGUAUUUUUUUUUAAGAAAAAACAACUUUUUGUAAAUUAUUAAUUUUCUUUUAAAUUUCAAAAUUCAACUUAGUUUUUGAAAAAUGUUAGUAUACGGUGAAUAGGUAAAUAGUGUCUAUAUAAACCUAGUUUUUAACAAUUAAAACCAAAAAAAUAAAAACUAUCAAACGACCUGCUAAAAAAGGACUAAAAUGAUUGUCUCUGUUCUUUACAUAAAUCUUCGUGUCUAAGCACACCGAUAUUCACAAACAUUCACAUUCCAUCAUUCCAUUACAGAAAUGUGGUCUUCAUCUUCAUCUUCUUCAACCCUCACAUUCUUCUCUCUCAUUUUGAUUUUCUCUCCAUUGAUAUCCUCUGUUUCUGUUCAACAGAGCUUUCUCCAAUGUCUGACCACUACUUCACAGCCUCAAUUCCCCAUUUCUGACGCCAUUUUCACUACCAACAACUCUUUCUUCUUACCAGUCCUCAACUCCUACAUCAGAAACCUCAGAUUUCAAACACCCACAACCCCAAAACCACUGGUAAUCGUCACAGCCAAACACCAAUCCCAUGUCCAAUCAACCGUUGUUUGUGCCAAACGAGUUGGCUUACAGAUCAGAAUCCGCAGUGGCGGCCAUGAUUACGAAGGCUUCUCUUAUGUCUCCCAACAACCCUUCAUCAUCCUCGACCUCUUCAACCUUCGAGCCAUUAGAGUCAAUAUUGCAAAAGGAACUGCUCGUGUUCAAGCAGGGGCUACCUUGGGGGAACUUUACUACGCCAUUGCUAACAAAAGUAACCUCCAUGGCUUCCCUGGAGGCGUUUGCCCAACUGUGGCUACUGGUGGCCAUUUUUCCGGGGGUGGGUAUGGGAAUUUGAUCAGGAAAUUUGGGCUCACCAUUGAUAACAUUUUGGAUGCUCAGAUUGUAAAUGCUGAUGGGAAGAUUCUAAACAGACAAACUAUGGGGGAAGAUUUAUUCUGGGCGAUUCGAGGCGGGGGAGGAGGGAGCUUUGGAGUUAUUCUCUCAUGGAAGAUCAAUUUAGUUCCUGUUCCAUCAACUGUGACGGUUUUUGAUGUUGAGAGAAAGAUUGAAGACGGAGCAACAGAUGUUGUUUGGCAAUGGCAGAAUGUUAUGGACAAGCUGGAUGAGAAUCUGUUUAUAAGAUUGAUGUUGCAUUCAUCCAAAGGGAAAAAUGGACAAAAAACAGGGAAAGCUACGUUGGUGGCUCUGUUUCUAGGGCCAGUGGAGAAGCUUAUGCAGAUUAUAAAUCAGAACAUACCCAGUUUGAAAUUACAGAGACAAGAGUGUUUUGAAAUGAGUUGGAUUCAAUCGGUUCUGUUUUGGGCAAAUUUCCCAAAUGGGACAGCUCCAGAGGCGUUGUUGAGCAGGAAAAUAUCAUCUACACCUUUUCUGAAGCGGAAAUCAGACUAUGUGAGAGAACCCAUUUCAAGGGAAGGGAUAGAAGCCAUAUGGAAAGCGAUUAUGGAGGUUGAAGAAGUGGGACUGACAUGGAAUCCUUACGGGGGCAAAAUGAGCCAAAUUUCAGAGACAGAGACGCCAUUUCCACACAGAGCAGGAGUGAAAUUCAAAAUCCAAUACUCAUCAAACUGGAAGGAAGGAGGGGAUCAAGAGGCACAAGAGGAGAUGGAGUUGGCGAGAAGAUUGUACGAAGCGAUGACACCUUAUGUAACGAAGAAUCCGAGAGAAGCGUUUCUGAAUUACAGAGACAUUGAUGUCGGAAUUAGCAGCCAUUGGAGUUUGGAAGAAGGAAGGGUUUAUGGGGAGAAGUAUUUCAAAGGAAAUUUUGAGAGAUUGGUGAACGUGAAAACAGAGGUUAAUCCUCAGAAUUUCUUCAGAAAUGAACAGAGUAUCCCCACUCGUCGUUCAUCUCUUCUUGUAAAUGAACAAAGAUGA